AUGGAAACGGUGGCGUCCCAGAAGUCUUUGUUGUUGACGAACAAGAAGCACACCAUUCAGCUUCAGCGGGCGGAAGAACUGUCUUUCGAAGCAAGGACCCGUUUGAAAGGCAUUGCCCAGAAGUUCCUAGCCGGCAUGCAGGCUGUGAAAGAGCUGCAUUAUGGCAUCUGCUUCGCUGCUGUGGAGGAUGCUUUCCUUUCAGGAGCUUAUGACAACAUCAUUCAAUGCACAAGCGCUCCCCAAACGUCUGCCAUCGCUUGGUCUUUCAUUCGUCAGCAUGUGGCGUCCAGCAAGCAAGAGGAGCGGCAGAGAGAAAUCCAAAAGGCAGAAGAACAUGCUCAGAAGUUGGAGGAAGAGUUCCAAGGGCAGAAGCAAGCUGAUCAAGGCACUUGUCUGCCUGUGGCCGCUUUAGAUGCCUACACCGCCAAGCUGAAGACGUGCUUUAUGAAGUCGCAGGACGUGGUGCAACGGCAUGAAGCAGACAUGCAGGUGCUGACAAGUGCAAAAGCGGAGCGUGCGGCGCAGAACAUGCGCGAUGGCAAGGGCUCGUUGUUAGCCACAGCCGAGCCCAAGGCUGACGUCAUCCACACAGCAGUCUGCAAAUGGACUCAGCCCAAACUGUGCAUUGUUGAUGUUGAUGCCCUUCCCCACUUGAGCAAGGACGUGCUUACGGCUAUGAUUCGUGGUUCCGAACCUGGUGGUGCGGUUAUGCUCUGCUUGCCUCCAGCCUUUCAGACCUCUGCGCGCUCGGCCGAGACCCUCAUUGCCUCUGCAUCGGUGGAGACGGGAGCUACACGAGUGCCACUGCAGCUUCGGCUGCCUUCAAGCGGUUUUUCCUCGGCAGUGCUCCUUCUCAGCCACGAAAGCGAGCAGACCGCAGAGGCCGCUUCGGAUUUGCUGCAGAAAAUGGUGACAGCUACCCCACUGCGCACUGGAGUACUCAGCCUUCAGGGGUCAGACGGUGGCAAACGCGUGCUGGAGAUCAUGCAGGCGUUCAAUGUCGCAGAUGUUCAGAAAGUCGUGGUGCUGCUUGAUUUACACGCCAAGUGUUGCUUGGUUUGGAUGUGGCUCGGGCUGUCAUCCCGCAACCACUCCUGGUCAUCACGGAGUCCACGGCAGUCUGUGACGAACUCAAGCAGUUGGAGUCGCUGCAUUUCAAGACCCGUGUGCUCCAAAAGACUAUGUCGGAGACGACGACGAAGCUUGAAAGAAUGGCCAUGGACCUCCCGAACUUGCCGGCGAUGGACGAUGUCUUGA